AUGAUGAAUAAUAACCCAGUAACACCAACAGCAGUCACUUUGGAAAUAGAUGAAGAAGUUCAUACGAAUCAAAAUCCAACGCUUACAUUUAAAUCAAUUAACUAUUUUAUACAUGUACAAAAAUUCUGUAACCUAUGUCUAGUGCCAUGUUUACAAAAAGCUCAAAAACAAAUUCUAACGAAUGUAUCAGGUAUUUUCCGCACAGGUAUGAAUGCAAUCAUGGGACCAACUGGUUGUGGAAAAUCAUCUCUACUUGAUUUAUUAGCUGAUCGAAAGGAUCGGGAAGGUUUCGAAGGUGAAAUUCUACUCAAUGGCCAACCACGAACUCAAAAUUAUAAAUAUCAUGUUGGCUAUGUUGUUCAAGAUGAUAUCAUCUGUGGAAAUUUAACUGUCAAAGAAAAUCUCAUGUUUUCGGCUAAUGUGCGAUUGUCGACAAAAUACACCGCUGAUGAAAAAACUAAAAUCGUAGAGCAUGUUAUUCUACAGCUGGGAUUAGGAAAAUGUGCAGGCACUAUCGUAGGAAAUGAUUUAAAACGGGGUGUAUCAGGUGGAGAAAGAAAACGAACAAAUAUUGGAAUGGAACUUGUUCUAUCACCUUCGAUUCUUUUCUUAGACGAGCCCACCACUGGUCUUGACUCAUCGAUGGCUCAUAAUGUGAUGGAAUGUCUUCAUCAGCUAUCUCGUACAGGGUGUACCAUUGUGUUCUCAAUUCAUCAACCUCGAUAUUCAAUCUUUAAAUUAUUCGAUACUCUAUUUUUACUUUCUGCUGGACGUUGUACUUACCAUGGUCCUACAGAUAGUGUUUUAAAUUUUUUUUCGUCAGUGGGUUUCUCAUGUGAAGAACAUAAUAAUCCAGCAGAUUUUCUUCUUGAUAUAACACAAGGCGAUCAUCCACCACCCUCAACUCAACAGCAAGACGAUAUUGAAUCCAGUAAAGAAAGGAAACGAAUUGAAGUAUUUUUCAACGAGGAAUAUAUGAAAACAGAUAUGUAUAAAUCAAUUCAAGCGGACAUUCCUGAAAAAGGUGAUUUAUUAAAUGGAGAUAGUAAUAUGAAUGAUGUUCGGUUAAUGAAAAAAUCUCGUUCAAAUGACAUGUAUUAUGUAUGUCAACGAACACUUCGAAAUUCUUUUCGAGACCCCACAUUAUUCAUACUGCAAGUAGUGAUAGCAAUAAUUUUAGGUUUGCUCAUUGGUUUAAUUUAUUUGAAUAUUGAUAAUACAACAACUACGGGUGUUAAGAAUCGAACCGGCGCUAUAUUUUUUAUCAUUGCAAAUCAAGUGUUUUCAAAUCUCUCAGCACUUGAGGCUUUCAUUAAAGAACGACCCUUAUUUGCCCAUGAAAAUGUGAGUGGAUAUUAUCACGUAUUAACUUAUUUUUUAGCAAAAGUCCUUUGUGAUAUUAUACCAUUACGAACGAUUCCUGCUAUUGCAUUUUCAAUUGUUUCUUAUUUCAUGAUGGGGUUCCAACAAACAGAAGAAAAGUUUUUCAUUUUUUUCUUCUUUAUUUGGCUCGCAUCGAUUUGUGCAUCAACUGUAUGUUUUCUUGUUUCGGCUAGUGUACGAAAUUUUGGUGUUGCCAAUUUGGUUGCCGGCCUGUUUUAUGUAGUGACACUUAUAUUUAGUGGAUUCCUGGUCGAAAUUUCGUCUGUUGUUGUUUUUGUUCGAUGGAUUCAAUAUUUCAGUAUAUUUCGCUAUGGAAUCAAUGCACUUUCCAUCAAUGAAUUCAUGGGUUUAACUUUUUGCUAUUCAACUAAUUCGACUGUCUGUACAGAAACUGGCGCAGAUGUCUUAUCCGGCCUCAAUGUUGACCAUGGAACCGAUUGGGACUUAUGGAAAAAUUGUGUUGCUUUAAGUGUAAUCACAGUUGGUUUUCUUACUUUAACUUAUGUUCAAUUACGUCGUAUGAAAAAAACCAAAUAG